UCCCCUCCCUAUUUCCGAUUGGAUUGCUAUAUUUAGGAAACCUCACUUUGCUUUAUAAAGAGAUCUUGCCGAGUUGUCACCCGCACGCUAAAAAGUGUUGCUGCCGGGACACAAAAGUCUGUACUUUUUAUUUUAUUUUUGUCGCCCCCAUUUCUCGGUUCUUUGUGGACUUCGCCAUGGGGAAGGAGACGCAAAUGGCCGACAUCCGCAAGAAGCUUGUGGUGGUGGGCGACGGCGCAUGCGGGAAAACGUGUCUCCUGAUCGUGUUCAGCAAAGACGAGUUCCCGGAGGUGUACGUCCCGACGGUGUUCGAAACGUACGUGGCGGACAUCGAGGUGGACACCAAGCAGGUCCAGCUGGCCUUGUGGGACACCGCGGGCCAGGAGGACUACGACCGGCUACGCCCGCUCUCCUACCCGGACACGGACGUCAUUUUGAUGUGCUUCUCCGUGGAUAGCCCGGACUCGCUGGAAAACAUCCCGGAGAAGUGGGUGCCCGAGGUGAAACACUUCUGCCCCAACGUGCCGAUCAUUCUGGUGGCCAACAAGAAGGAUCUCCGCAACGACGAGCACGUCAAGAACGAGCUGGGCCGGCUCAAGAUGGAGCCGGUGAGGCCCGACGACGGCCGAGUCAUCGCCGCGCGCAUCGGCGCCCACGACUAUCUGGAGUGCUCGGCCAAGACGAAGGAGGGCAUCUGGGAGGUGUUCGAGACGGCGGCGAGGGCGGCCUUACAAAAACAAAAGUCCCAACGGCCGAAUUUUCUCAAACGCUGCGUUUUGAUGUGACUUGAAGGCACCGGGGACUCGCCUAGACGUGUUGUUGAAGGCCUGUUCGGGGACCGGCCCUCCCUGGCGCAGCCAGCCUAAAAAUAAAAGAACAUUCGUGGCUCCAAAGACGUUGUUCUGGGCACACACAUGAUGCGGGAGUGUUUUGGACCCAGUCUUGGCUCACAUGAGCUGGACAUCACUGGUGGAGGAUUUAAAACACUACUUUUUUUUGCCUUUUAAAACUCACCACAUGUAGCCUCGAAAUCUCUGUAUGAUUCUGCCGGAAAUCAAAAAAUGAGUGAUAUAACAAAGCAGGUUUAUUGUUAUUGUUUUUGUUUUUGUUUUUACACACACAGAACUGGGUUUGAUUGGUUGGAACGGUGGAACAAGUGGUUAGUACAGCCGGCUUACAAUUCCGAGGUUGCGGGUUUGAAUCCAGGUUCCGGCCUACCCGGGCAGAGUUCGCAAAUGUUCUCCUCGUGCUUGCCAGUGGUUUCUCCGGUUACUCGCACAUUUUAAUUGAAGACUCAAAAUUGUCCAUAGGUGUGAAUGGUUGUGUAUAUAUCUGCCCUGUGAUUGGCUGGCAACCAGUCCAGGGUGUAUCCUUCUUACUCAAAAUCAACUGGGUUAGGCUCCACCUGCAACUCAGAAGUUUGGUGACAAGCAUUAGUAAUGAUACAUUAGCUCAUUAGCAGGCCACAACUACGAUCGAUCAGCUAUAUUAUAUCGGCAAUUAUGGAGGAACAAAAGGUGUGACGUGACAAUUUCUUUCAGCAACUGUUUCACUGUCCAAUUGCAUUGUUUUCAACACGGAACACCACGUGAAGAUUACUAGACUUGGGGCAAAUCACUUAAACAGCAUUUUCAUUCCUUCAACCACAAACUGUGCAUUUGUCUCUGUGGACUGAUUGUGGCAGUUAACAAGCCAAGAUAUCUUUUGCUAAUGGUAAAAUUAUGGAAAAAUCACAUUUUUAAAAAAAAUCCUUUUUUUUUGUGUUGGAUAGAGUCACCUGUUAUUUUUCAUUUCCGUUUGAAAAUGUAGAGAGUGCCCUCUUCAACAGUCUGCAUUUAAAGACUGCUCACAAUUGAAAGUAUUUGCUUGAAGACCACUGCCUGUCUGUUAAGGUUAAAGCCGGAAAGUUUGCACUUAUUUAUGUUCACUUGUUUUUAAAUUAAGGAAUUGUACAGUAGUGUUUUGCAAAGGCUUUAGUUUGAAAUGAUGCACUGUAUAGUGUUCAUUCGCGAUGUGCAUGAACUAAAUUUCCUUGUCACUAUUGGGGAAAAUGAAUGCGCAAGUCCCCCGAUUAAUUUUUACUUGGCCAGAAAGAGCUCUGCAAUUGUUAUAACUAGUUCACAUUAAAUGUUACAGUAUGUAACAAAUAGCAUGGCAUAGCUUCAAAGUCUAUGUACAGUUUUUUUCUUAGUCCACAUUGUACCACAGAAAUGUAAUACAGUAUUGUGGAUUCAGGACCAACAAUGCAGUCCAGUGCAAUUUUGCAAUUAUUAAUUAAACUGGGGUACUUUUUUUGUUUUGUCAUUCAGGUACUUUUUAAGCACCUUAUUGUCAUCACUGGUAACUAGUAACUAAUUUCUUGUUUGUUGGGAGGCCACCAGUUAAGUGUUGACUAAAUAGAAGAACAUAUUGUUAGAGCUGUCAAUAUUUAAAUUUGGACCUGAACCAAAUGCGUUUCUAAAUCCUGCAAUUUUGGUAGCACGGGACAGGAUUUAUUGGGUGUAAAAAGAGCUAUGAGCGUGAGUAGUAGCUCGUUGAGCAAAUUGCAUUCGCUCAAAUGAGACUAAGCCAUUUGAUGGCAGUGAAAAUAUGGAGUGAGGCAUUGCACGCCGAUUGCGCUGUUUUUAUUUGGAACGCUCUAAAAGUUGUAUGAUGAAUUAACUCAUUCAACUGAGACAUGCACAUUACUGUAUAUUAAUCCACUCGAGUGUCAGAGUAAUGACUAUGAAUGUAUUUCCUUUUUUGUGGACGAACAGUAUAACACUUGUGAUGCUUUUCAGUUGCUUUUUCUUGAGUAUAAUCAUUUUGGCUCAUCAGUCUCUACUCCAAAAUGUUGUGUAACUCUGCCUUUACGAGACAAUGGGGGUGCUUGUUUAAAUGACACAGAUUGGCGUCUUAACAGAGAACUGAUGUGCUGGGAAGAUUUUACAUCUGAUUUGAUCUUAGAUAGUGAAUCUUAAAUCACACUUGAGACUUGUUACUGCUGCUGGUAACAACUGUCUGUCAAAAUGUUUUUUGAAAGGGUAUCUUUUAUAAAACAUGAUGUAAGAGUCACAUUCCUGCCUGCCAUGUGUUGCUGGGCUUUUUGCUGACUUCCAGGGUAGGAAUGUAUUGUGCUGCUGAUUAUUCCCACACUAGCUCCCCUCUUGUCUGGAAUUGUCAGUUGAUUUGAAUUCAUAAAUAUUACUCAGACGGUCUUGUUUUCAUUUGUCCAUUUCUACAAUUAUGCUGAAGAAAAGUGCUGAGUGUGCCAAACUAAACCAUUUUAUGUAUAUGAGCAAUACAUACUUAUGCUGAAUUCUCUAGUUUUUAAUGGGGGAUUGGGAGCAUUUUAUUUUUUGUAAGCAAACAUGCAUUUUUCUGAUGAAAUGAAUAAAAAAUAUAUUACCAUCUAA